UACAGGUACAUAAUAUAAUAUUGUUUUUAAGUACGGUUUUUUUUUUAUUCCUUCUCCCAAAUCACACAAGUCGUUCCCCCAAUAAUGUCAAUUAACCAAUGUCGUUACUCUGAUUAAGUUUUUUUUUUCUGUUAAUUUGUAAAUUUUUUUUCACUUGUAGUGUUCGCCGUAGUCUAUUAUAGUUUCGGCUUACGAUUGCUCCAGAGUUGUGUAGUCUCGUCUUCGUGAUCUUUGAAAUAUUAAGACGAUUAUAGUCAAAAUGUUUCAAUAGUGUUUGUGUUUUGAAUUACUUCAUUGUACUGCCGGCAAUGGAUAGUUUUACGAAAAACGUAUAUUAUAGCUGAUUAAAAUGGCAUCUAGAGAUAAACAAUCACAAUAUGUCGAUGGUCGACGUACCUGUCCCCGGUACAGUGGACCAGCUUCCAGCAAUGGUGACUAUGCUUAUGCAUAUUAUGAGCAUGGUCCUCAUGGGUCUAAACCACAUGCGUGUUCAAAACAUAGUUAUAUCAACCGAUAUGGACGUGAAGAGAACAUAUAUGAAGAGAUUGGAACAUCCAAACUUGAUGAGGAAGUUAGAUAUGUCCAUUCGAAACAUUUACAGGUUUUGGAUGAAUUAAAUUUAUCAAUGGAAGCAAUGAUAAUGCCUGAUAAUGGUGCAUGUUUAAACAAUAAUGGUUCAUCUGGCCUCAAUUUAGGAACUUCAAGAGAUGGUUCACCUGUGAAUUUGAGUGUAGAUAGUGGGGUUGCUUGUGAUGCUAGCAGUUGUGGCACAAAUAGCUUAAGCCGGCCUCGUAAAUCUCAUUUUAGCACAAAAAGGUUUUGGAAUAAAAUGCCUACAUUAAUUUCACCCAGUCCAAGUAAAACAUCACUUCCAGAUGAGUCAGUGCGAUGGCGACAAAAUUCAUGGGAUGAAGUAACACAGUCAACCACUAUUAAUGAGCGCCACACUCCUUCACAAAAAAGUUCAAGUUCUGACAGAGAUCCAGAACUUUCAUCUGAAGAAGAAAGUAACAAGAGUUAUGAAACGAGAAACAAUGUUUCCAAAACAUUGAGAUGGACAAAGAACCCACCAUCUCCAGAUCCACCUUCUAGUCCAGGCUUAUUAUCGAGAUGGUUUUCAUUAAGAAGAUGCUCACAAUAUGAUCUAGAUGUUCGGCCAAAUAGCAAAAUGCCUUUAUUACCAGAGGUUGAAGAAGACUGUUUUUCUAGGCGACUUAUUCCACCAAGUCUUCCACCAGCACCUCCUGAUAUUUCUGAACAAGAACUAAGACGUAGAUAUAUUGUUGAUGAUAUAGUGAGAAGUGAAAAUUCGUACUUAGCUACUCUUCAUAGACUUGUGAAUGAUUACAAAAAGCCUCUAGAACAAAGUAUGCCAUCAAUUUUAAGUCAAUCAAAGAUUUCAAUACUAUUUCAUCGAGUUCCAGAGAUACUUCAGUGCCAUACACUAUUUAGAAUAGCGUUAGCUGAAGCUGUUGCAAAUUGGGAUCGUGAUCAUAGAAUUGGUGAUGUUUUUGUCGGAUCUUUUAGUAAAGCAAUUGUAUUGGAUAUAUAUAGUGGGUUUAUUAAUAAUUUUUUAACUGCAAUGGAAUUGGCAAAAACUGAAACCAAAAGAAAAGCAUCUCUUGCAGAAUUUUUUAAAAAUCGACAAGAGGCAUCCCAUGACCGUCUUUCAUUUUAUAGCUUAAUGGUUAAACCUGUCCAACGAUUUCCACAGUUCAUUCUUUUCCUCCAGGAUUUAUUACAUAAUACAGGUUAUGGUCAUCCCGAUAGAAUGUCUUUACAGUUAGCAUUAACUCAAUUGGAAUCAUUAGCAGAAAUGCUCAAUGAGAGGAAACGUGAGAGUGAGCAAGCUCAAGCGUUCAAAGAAAUGUUAAAAUCUGUGUCUAGUAAGUUAGCAGUUCGUCCAAUAGCAGACAGCAAUAGAUGUCUUCUAAGACAAGAUGACGUUACUCAAAUAGAAAUUAAUCACGGAGAGGUCAUUGGAAAAUGUAAACCUCGACGUUUGUUAUUACUAAAUGAUUUGCUUGUAUGUGUCUCCGUCAAUAACAAAGACGAUUCCAAUAGCACAUCACAAAAAAGAUUAACGUUCAAAUGGAGUUUUCCAAUUGCUGAAAUUCAAGUGAUUGACACAUUGUCAUUACCUAGUGUUUCACGCACAAUCGCUGGUAGUGCAGCAUCACAUAAUAGUAUCACAACAGACAAUUUAUGUAAUGAAAUGAACCAUUUAAUGCAUGAUUAUCAAGUUAUUAGUCGUAUUGUGGAAUUAGCGUCAACAUUAAAAGGCACAUAUUUGGAUCUUGCUCCAGAUCAUUUAAAAGGAGUCUUAAAUGCAAUACAGUGUGAAGUGCAAUACAAAGGCGAUCAGGUAGCAUGGAUGGAUUCCUGUUGUCUCCAGUUAUUUAUAAACCGUCAAGGAUACACUUUUCAAAUGGAAAAUCCUGAUUUACGUAAAGGGUGGAUCACUGAAUUAAGGCUUGCACGCUUGGCUCUCGAUCCAAAUAAUUCUCCAGCUUGGGAAGUUCCUGAUCAGGAGUUGAUGCGCCCAAUGACAAAAAUGCCUUUAUUCGUAGGUGCUCAUCCCAUAACUUCGUCUAGCAAACAAGCAGAGGUGACUUGUGGAUGUUUUUAUUCUUCUGGCUGUGGUAAAUUUUCUUAUUUGUGGGUGUGCACUACAAAUAUUCCGAUGAAUACGCAUAUAGCCAUAAUGUCUGUUAAUAAUACUUGCAUUCUAAAACAAAUUACAACAUUAGACUUGCCACAAACCAUUGUAACCGCUAUAGAGUAUGUUAGAGCAUCUGAUACAGUUUGGAUGGGUACAAAUCAUAAAAGUAUUUUGAUUUUUAAUACUGCUGACAUGUCAGAAGAAGCAAGUAUUUCAUUACCGGGUGAAGACGAGAGUCUCAGAGUCACAGCAAUCAAACACCAUUGUGAUACUGUAUUUGUAGCUUUAUCAAAUGGCUCAUUACUUCUUUAUAGAAGAGGUAACCAGUCCAAAGAACCUGAGAUUGUAGUUUUGGGUCCUGAUGCACCUAUAACAUGUAUAUUACCUAUUAAUUUAUCAUUAUACGUGGCAUGUGGAAAACAAGUGUUUGUUAUGAGUGCCAUCACUGGAGAACUUCAAAAAAAUUUUACCAUUCAUCACGGAAAAAAUGUCAAUCUUUUGGCUCAUUCUGGUGUUGGACUUUGGCUUUCGUUAAUGAAUUCAACAACUGUUUGUUUGUACCACACUGAAACAUUUAAACAUUUACAGGACAUUAAUAUUGCAUCAAAUGUUAUAAGAUUAAAAGGCACUGCUACACCAGUUAAUGUUACUGCACUUAUGGCCUGUAAAGGUCUCCUGUGGGUUGGAACUGAUGCUGGUAUUAGCUUAACAGUUCCAUUGCCUCGUUUAGAAGGUGUACCUAUAAUCAGUGGCAAAGUAAAUGUUUCUUAUCAUGGGCAUACCGGUCCGAUAUCUAUUUUGGUGCCAUUACAAGAUCCACCUACUGUUCUGAAACGCCCACCUUCAAAAACAUUAGCUAGUGAUAUUUAUGAUCUGUACGGUCGGUUAAUGUGUGUCAAAGACUACGAUAAAAAUGAAGACGCUUUAAAUUCAAGUCGAUGGUCUUUGCGAUCAACUGAUGAAUCAUCAGCAGUACAACAUGCCAGAUCGUCAGAUGUGUCAAAAAAAGAUUUCACUUUAGUGACAGUGUCUUGUGGACGUGGUUAUGUCAAUUAUCAGCAACCGUGUUGUUCAACCAUUGAAAAUAAUGCCUACAUAAUACUUUGGGAAAUUAAGUUAUAAAUCUAAGUAGGUAAUGGUAAUUUAAUUUUAAUAGUUAUUGAGUUGUAGGUAACUCGUUAUCUUUAACCUACAGGGUGUUUCUGAAAUUGAUAAUGUAAUAAUUUAGAACAUAUUUGUAUUGUGAAAACAAUUAAAAACUAAUUAAAUUUAUCUACAGAAUCAUAUACUUAAAAAUUAACAUUAAAUAAAUUAAUAAUUAUUAUUAUUACUCAUUGAGAGUUGUAUUAAGUUAGAAAAUAACUCUUUUAUAUUAACACUAACCUUUAAAUUUAAAAAAAAAUGCAAAUUUUAUUAUUUACUUUUAUGCUUUCUAAAUACAUAUUAUAAUAUACUAACACAUUUCAUGAAACACCUUUAUAAAGCCAAAUGACCAUUUUAUCUUGCCAAAUCAAAACAUUCUUCUUCCUUAGAGCUGUAUACUGUAGCUGUAAAUAGUAUUAAUUAUAGUAUUAAAUUAAAUAAUAAUAUUUAAAUGAAAACAUUGCUGUGAAAAGAGUGAUCUUUUGUAUUUUAUAAAUUACCUGAGUAAUUAUUAACCUUUUCUCAAUUUCUCAUUUUGUUGUUUUAUCUUAUUUUAUCUUAUAAUAUAAACUCUAUUAUUAACUAUAUUAAAAAAAUUAAUUUGUGAUAGUUAUCUUAUGUCUAUUCUGAAAUUUAAUAUAAACAGACAAUUAGUGCAUCAUGUUCCUUUCACCUUUUAUUAAAAUUAAAAUAAUUGCAUUUUAACACUUAAUAAUAUUUUCCAGAACAUUUUUUUUCAUAGAUAUUUUUCUUUAUAAUCAGUCCAUUAGUACUAUUAAUUAUUAUUUUAGCUCAAUUGGGACUUAAACAUGUUUAGCCGCUCAAUAAUUAUUUUCAACUCCAUAAUUAUUACUUCUAUUAUUUUUAACUUUCUAAGUAUGACUUUAAUAGCUCUAAUACCUUGAAGCUGUUUAUUAUAUAUAGUUAAUACUUCAUAUAUAAUUAUAAGUAUUUAAAAUAGUAUUUACUUAUAUUAGUGUAUUUGUAUACAAUUAAUAACAUAAUAUUAUAUGUGCUGCGGAAUGAUUAAAAAUGAUUGUUUUUAAACUUUUUAAUAUAAUAUAUGUUGCAAUAACAAGAAAACAAUAAAAAUCUAUAGGUAAUUUGAAUAGAAUAUAAUUAUUUGCACGGCAAUCCAUUGUUGUUAGAUUAUGUACAGAUUAUCCACAAGUUCCAGUAUUACACUGCUACCCAAACACAUUUUUCCCAAUUUAAAUACUUGAAAUUAGUAUUACUAACCAGUUUUGUAAACUUUUACUUUUACUUUUUUUUCACUCAUAGUGUGUCCCUUGUUGAAAAUAUUCAAUGGUUCAACAAUAUUUGUCAGUAUUUCAUGUCACCAAAAAUGGCAAACAUUCAUUAUAAUUUAUAACUCAUAUAUAAUAUAUAUUUAGUAUUUGACUGCUCACUACUCUAAUGAUUGAAUCUCUUUAUACUAUAUUUAUAUAAGUUUAUAUUCUAAAUACACUGUAUAAUAUUUUCGAAUUUCUUAGAGUGUUUUAAAUCAAUAUCAUUUAUAUGAGCCAUUUUAUCACCAUCGGAUGACUAGUAUUAUUAGUUAAAAUAUAAUAUUUUUCCGGUGUCCAUUUUAAUACAACCUGUUUGUCCCUCAUUACUACUUGUACCUUCAAUUACUUUAAGCCCUUGAAGACACAAAUACUAAUAUGUAGUGUAUAAGUGUUAACCCAUAUUUAAUACUGUGAUAUACUUAUUACAAUUCACCUAAAUGCUUUUAAAUCAUUAUUAUAUUAUUUACAUUGUAAUAUUAUCAUAGGUAUUAACUUAGAGAUUUGUAUUAUUUAUUAUUAUACCUAUUAUAUAAGGCAAUGACAAACUGUAUUUUACGGUAUUAAUAUUACACCCAAUACACAUUUGUCACUUACUAUUAGUGCAUAAUAAUAAUAUUACAUAUAAAGGUAUAUAUAUAUAAUAUAUAUAUAUAUAUAUCAACAAUUUGUGUUUCUUCCUAGAUACUGCGCCAAACGUUUAGUUUUAUUUAAGUAAUAAAUUAAUAACAAAACACACACAAACAUGUAUAUGAUAUGUAUAUAUUAUAUAUAUUAACAUGAUACAUUUAGUCAAUUAAGUACAAAAUAAGGAACAGAUA